AUGGAUUUGUCCGAUGACAGAUGUGGAAGGAAACCUGUGCUUUUUGCAACCAUGGCAGUUCAGACGCUGUUCACCUUCAUUCAGAUCUUCUCCGUCUCGUGGACAAUGUUCACUGUCCUCCUCUUCUUCAACAGUUUGGGGCAGAUGUCCAACUUUACAGGAGCUUUAGUCCUGGGUGCUGAGACUUUGAUUGGCAAUGUGCGAGUCCUGUACUCAUCUUUAGGCACAUGCUUGGGCUUUGCCAUUGGCUACAUGAUGCUGCCUCUCUUUGCUUACUUUCUGAGGGAUUGGAAGUCUCUUUUAGUGGCACUGACUGUGCCAAGCCUGGCCUACCUCCCCCUCUGGUGGUUCAUCCCAGAAUCUCCCCGAUGGCUAACAUUUCCUGGCAUCUUGCAAGCUAAAUAUACAGUGCCUAUAAAAAAUUUUCUAUGA